UUUCCAAAUACUUCUACGAUAAGGUAUGAAAGUUGUUACACGUGGUCGUGUAUGCUAAGAAAAAUAACAAAUUUGUUUAUUUAUGUGCUCCAAAGGAUCCAGAAAAAGAGGCUUCAAGGGGCACAGCAUCAUCUCCUGGGCUAAAUUGCGCUGGCAGGAUUUUUUUAUUAACAUUUUAGGUACAUACACUUCCAACUACUACGUUAGGGCUUCAAGGAUCAUCAGAGGAGAGAAAACCAUAUCCUCGGUUCAAUUAUCCUUGGAACGCUGUUCUUCAUUUUCAGGUACAGCUUCUGGACUUUUUGAGCAACAGACAGCGGUAGAGAGAUGAAUUCGAAAAACUCCGGUUUUAUUUCUCCUCGCAAAGCUACUGCGAAUUUGAAUAGAAGUAUGCAGUCCCUCAAAGAAGGCUUUAAACCUGCACCUUCUUCAAAAGGUCAACGCUACAAGUCGACAGCUCAACCGAGCAAUUAUCAAUCCCAGUCAUUGAUCUCCAAGACGCCUGGACCGUACCGACCACGACCAGCAGUAGCAGCACGACCAACAGCACCAGCACGACCAUCAUCGACAUCUCAAUCUUUCACGCAAUUUCAACCGCGUGCAACGUCGACACAGAAGUCGAUCAACGCAACACUAACAUCUCUGCCGCGUGUACAGCCACCUAAUCCAGGAUCAUCGUACUUACGGCUGGCCGAUGAAGCAUCAACGUCUCGUGAUCAGAGCCGCGGCCAAUCAUUAGCGAGACAAAAUGUAGUGGUGCAGCAGGAUUCUGUGGCGAUCCAACAACUCAACAGCAAAAUCGACUUUUUAAAUCGAAAAAUUGCCAAGUUGGAAGACUCAAACAACGCUAUGAAUACCAGACUCGCCAACUUGGAGAAAACUGCCAGUGACAUCAAACAAGGCAUCAAGAGCGUGGAGCAAGUAGCUCGAUCGAUGCACGAGAUAUUGGCUAAUAUUACCAGGAAUAAUAACAGAAGGGCAACAACGCGACCUGCCUCCCUUCCUUUCAAGUCAACCGCUGACCUCGUAGCCUUUGACGAUUGCAGUGAAGAGAAAUUUCGACACCUUGUUGACUACCUCGACUAUAUAAAAGGGUUGAAUCCAACGGAUACAGCAGCUAAAUUCAUCAAGAACUGCUUUAUUAUCGACGAGGACCUCUUCAGGAAUUUGACAUGGUACGGCUCCAAAACGAACGACCAUCUGAUGGCUUUGAAGAGCACAAAGUUCGCGAAAGCUUGCGCAGAAGCUAUGCCGUUAAACCCGAUCACGCUGAAGAAGCCGACAGAGGAUCAGUUUUCCGUGGCCAUGACAAAGGCCCUGAAAAGUGCUAAGGAGGGUUAUAGAAGGAAGAGAAAACAGCCAACCUUCAAUGAGGAUAUCAUCGCGUUGCAACCACAACCUCGAAGGCCCUGCCAGCAACAGUGGCAGCAACGCAACGACCAACUGGAGAGGAACGACAACGUAGCUCCCAUCGAGGACAACGGUGACAACGGCGGCGACUACGGCGGCUACGGCGGUCAGAACGACGACAGCAACUACGGAAACCAGGACCAUGACGACGUUUUGGAAGGUCAUCAGGACGUGGACUACAACGGAGGAGGCCAGGGCAACUACAGAGGCCAGAACGAGGACAACUUCGAAGGUCAGGACAACGGUGACAACGGCGUCGUCUACGUCGAUGAGGACGACGACGGCGGCUACGGCGGUCAGAACGACGACGAAAAAUACGCAGACCAGGACCACGACGACGUUUUGGAAGUCUAGGACGUGUACUACGGAGGAGAAGGCCAGGACCACAACAACUACAGAGGCCAGGACGACCGCGGAGAGUACCAAGAGGACGAGACGCAAGACAUGUUUGCAGAUUAAUGGGUUUUUCUUAUUUACAUUACUAUGCAUUUAAUUUAAUAUUUUUUCAGGUUGAACGCUCGUUCACAUUUUUUACAAAUUUUUCUUUUUUUACAUUUAACUUUUUUUAUAUUUCAUAUUUAAUGUAGUCUUAAAAAAUGUUAACGAGCGUUGGAGGGGCUGAUUGCUGUGGUUGAGCCUCACACGAGAGGGGCGAGGACAGGGGCCCCUCUCACUCACUCUAAAAAAUAAUAUACAAAUCACGACAAAUGGAAUUUUAUUUUUUCAGGUCCCUCUUCUAAAUCAUCGACAAGGCAAGGAUACGAGGUCCCUUACACAUGGAAAAUAUUGAAAUAAGAUAAGUAUAAUCGCAUCAAUUUAUAUUUUUAUCUUGUUAUAAAUGUUUCUUUUUGAAAAUUUUUCUCGUUUCAGGAGUAGCAAGGACAACGGCAGAAUCAAUAAGACGAAUAACAUCAGGCAAUCACCCUUAUAAUUGUACAUACACCUGCAACUACUACCUUAGUGCUUCAAGGAUCAUCAGAGGAGAGGAAACCGUAUCCUCGGUUCAAUUAUCCUUGGAACACUGUUCUUCAUUUUCAGGAACCAAAGGACUAUAGGCAGCAGGACUAUGAGCAAGCAAUUAACAGGAAGAAAAAAUUCAAAUACGUGUUUUGAUAUAUAAUUAUUGUAAUUAUUAUGUAUUACAUUUAUUAAUAUGUAUAUUCCAGAAAUAAAUUUUGAUUAUUUUAUUAA